GGCCCGAAUUUUGAAUUCUCAACCGAAACACAUGAAGAAUUGCUGUACAACAAAGAGAAAUUGCUUUUGAAUGGAGAUCGAUGGGAGCCUGAAUUGGCUGCAAACCUUCAGUCCGAAUAUUUGUAUAGAUAG